CUAGCUCUCAUGGUUUUUAGUAGAUUAAUUUUCUUCCUACUUAGCUGUACUUUCUUCUAUUCCCCGUCUUCUCUCAUGCACCUCCUCUUUGCUUUCACUUCUACUGAGAAAAAACAAUGAGAACCUCAGUUUUCUAAACCGUCACCAAUCACAGUGAAACCCUAAUCACUCUUUUUUCUGAGAAACCGAAACCCAGAUGAGCUUUAGUGAUAUUGAUUCCAAAACCAACCAAAUUCUUCCCCAUGGAUGCUUUUAACACUCCCAUAACCUUGCCCAUGUCUUACUCUUUCACUAGUAGUGGUGGUAGUACCAGUAGUGGUACUGCUGCCAAUACAAAUAUUAAUCCCUGGAUGGACAGUAGGAUAUGGAGUAAGCUCCCACAGAGGCUGAUCGAUCGGGUGAUUGCCUUCCUCCCACCUCCAGACUUUUUUCGAGCCAGAGCAGUGUGUAAGAGAUGGUAUGGACUCUUAUUUUCCAGCAGCUUUCUUGAAUUGUAUCUGCAAAUAUCCCCACGCCGCCAUUGGUUCCUGUUCUUCAAGCACAAAAGCCUCAAGAGCUACAUCUAUAGGAACAGUGGUGGUGGCAGUGAUAGAGCCAAUUGUGAAGGAUACCUCUUUGAUCCUUACUCCAAUUCAUGGUAUCGUCUUUCCUUCUCUCUGAUCCCAUCUGGGUUCUCUCCAGCUUCUUCCUCUGGUGGCUUAAUCUGUUGGGUCUCUGAUGAGGCCGGUCCCAAGGGUCUAUUCCUCUGCAACCCACUUGUUGGGUCUCUAUCCCAAUUGCCUCCCACCCUGAGACCCCGUCUCUUCCCGUCCAUCGGCUUAACAGUCACUCCCUCAUCCAUAGACGUAGCUGUUGCUGGAGAUGACUUGAUUUCUCCAUAUGCGGUCAAGAAUCUGACCACAGAAAGCUUUCACAUUGAUGGGGGUGGGUUCUAUUCAAUAUGGGGCACCACUUCUUCUCUACCAAGGCUCUGCAGCCUCGAAUCCGGGCGAAUGGUUCACGUCCAAGGGAGAUUCUACUGCAUGAACUACAGCCCAUUCAGUGUUUUGGCAUAUGACAUAGCAGCCAACAAUUGGUGGAAGAUUCAAGCUCCAAUGAGAAGAUUUCUCCGGUCCCCAAGCUUGGUGGAGAGCAGAGGGAGACUCAUUCUAGUUGCAACAGUGGAGAAGAGCAAGCUUAACGUGCCAAAAAGCUUGAGGAUUUGGGGUUUGCAAGCUUGUGGAACAACAUGGGUGGAGAUUGAGAGAAUGCCACAGCAACUCUACCUUCAAUUUGCAGAGGUUGAAGGCAGCCAAGGGUUUGACUGUGUAGGUCAUGGAGAGUUCAUUGCCAUUAUGAUUCGAGGUUCAGACAAGGCAUUGCUGUUUAACAUCUAUGGAAAGACCUGGCAAUGGAUUCCUCCAUGUCCUUUCCUUAGUGGGAGCGGCGGCAGCAGCAGUAGCAGUGGAGAAGGUUGUGAGUUGCACGGCUUUGCAUAUGAGCCUAGGCUUGCCACGCCAGUGACCACCCUCCUUGAUCAGCUCACACUUCCCUUUCAGCCUUUUAAUGGAUAGUAGGAUCUUACAAUCUGGGAUGGGAUGCAGUGGUAUUGAUGCUUUUGCUAGCCUUUUCCAAGUAGUGAAUGUACCAGUUGUAGCAUGACUUUUAUCAAGAUGUUGAGAGACUACUUUGAAGUACUUUUAUUGUAGUGGGUCUAAUCUG